GAGGUCGGACUUUUGAAACACCGGGGAAGCCAAUGGCGGCACUGAGCCACCGCAUGCGAAGCUUCAUCCGCCACUUCUCUUCCAACGGAGGCGGCGGAGCAACCAAAGUUCCCGUACUCUAUAGAAGCCCAGGUAUCGAAGAAUCAGAUGCUGCGACUCUGCAGCUCCUCUCGUGGGGCCGAGGCGGGUCUGGUCAGCUCGGCGGCGGAUUGGAGGAGAACCGCAUGUACCCCUCUCCGGUAUGCGAAAUUAUCCUCCGCUCUGAUCAGUUGUUUGCUCUCUCUCCGACGCCGGGUGGACUCGACGGUGACCCGCCGAGAGAUGGGUCAAGUCUUCGGAUCGGAAUCUCUUGUGGGUUGUUCCAUUCAGGUCUGAUCAUUGACGGGAGUCUUUGGAUUUGGGGCAAAGGCGACGGCGGUCGGCUAGGGUUCGGCCAUGAGAAUCCCGUGUUUGUGCCGAAUUUGAACCCACAUUUCGACGAGCACACCGUCCGCUGCAUCGCUCUGGGUGGCUUGCAUUCGGUCGCUUUGACCAACAAAGGCGAUGUCUUCACUUGGGGAUAUGGCGGCUUUGGUGCUCUCGGACACUCUGUUUACCACAGAGAACUUAUCCCCCAACGUGUAGAAGGGCCUUGGGGAUGCAAAAUCUCUCGCAUUGCAACCAGUGGAACACAUACUGCUGCUAUCACCGAGUCAGGAGAGCUAUACAUGUGGGGUAGAGAGGAAGGCGAUGGUAGAUUAGGCCUCGGGCCUGGCCGAGGACCGAAUGAAGGAGGCGGCCUUAGUAUCCCUUCGAAGGUCAAAGCUUUAACAGUUCCUGUAGCUGCUGUCUCAUGUGGCGGUUUCUUCACAAUGGCGCUGACACAAGAGGGACAGCUCUGGAACUGGGGAGCAAAUUCCAAUUACGAGCUCGGUCGCGAUGAUAAAGUGGGAGGUUGGCAACCGAAGCCCGUGCCCACGUUAGAAGGCAUCCGCAUUACCCAAAUCGCGUGUGGUGGAUAUCACUCUCUUGCCUUAACGGAGGAAGGUAGAGUACUUUCAUGGGGACACGGUGGUCACGGCCAAUUAGGUAACUCUUCUCUCGAAAACCAGAGAGUUCCUACCGAAAUCAAAGCAUUGGCCGACAAAAAAACCGUCUUCAUUGCCAGUGGAGGCUCCUCAUCUGCAGCUAUAACAGAAGAAGGGAAACUCUACAUGUGGGGAAACGCUAAAGAUUUCCAGUUGGGAGUUCCUGGACUUCCGGAGAUCCAAACUCACCCUGUCGAAGUCAACUUUCUAACUGGAGAAGACGACCUUCAACUGCACAACGUUCUCUCUGUCGCCAUUGGCGCAUCUCAUGCUAUGUGUUUGGUCUCAAGCUCAUUCUAACCACCGCCGUAUCAUUUCUCCGACAAUAACUGAGGUUUUUUCAUGUAAUGGUUAUGAAUUUUGGUCGAAAUUAUCAGAAGAGCCUUCAAAUCUAUGCAUGGGCUUUAGAUA